GUGCAACAAGUGAUUUUGUGUGGUGGUUGUGUUGAUGACCUAUUGCGGUCAAAUUACGUAGUUUUGUGGCAACAAAAAUGUACAUUUACGAGCUACCUUUCGAGAUUAAUAAGGAACUAUGCAGACUCCUCGACAUAGAAGACUAUUGGAAGGAGUUAGCAGGCAAUUGGAUGCAAUAUUCAGCGUUUGAAGUAAACGACAUAGAACAAACAGCAAGACGCCAGGCUAUAUCACCAACUAACCAGCUAUUCACAAGAUGGGGUCAGCUGAACCAUAGAGUAGAAGAACUUUUUAUUUUACUAUACAAAAUGAAGCACAUGCCAGCGUUAAUCUGCCUGAAGCCGGUUGUUAACAGUGACUUCCAUAAAUUAUUAAGUAAACAUAUAAACUCUAACAGUGCGAGGGAAAGGAAAACUGCUGUUAUUCAUGAUAGUUCAUAUAAGAAGAGUUCACAAAAGAGUGAUGGCAACUUUGGUUCAAUUCCUCUGCCUGUCAUGUUGAUUGAAAAGGGUGUCCAUCUACCAACAACGAGCAGGAUACAAAAUGGGAACUCACCGUCGCCAAACUACGAAACAAGCACGGACAUAAGCAAGACAUCAUCAACGCAAGGCGAGAAAGGCAAUGAAGAUGAUGAGAUCAUGCGCAACGUGUCUGCUGUACCAAGGAUCAGUUAUGAAGAGUUGAAGGAGGCCACCGGCAACUGGUCUGAUAGUAACCUGUUGGGGAGGGGCGGGUUUGGACAGGUUUUUAAAGGUGAAUGGAAGCAUCUUACAGUAGCAGUAAAACGUCUUCGCGACAAUAACGACCGAAACAAAGAACUGAUUCGCGAGAUGUGCCUCAACCAGUACCGGCACGACAACAUACUGCCGCUCUACGGGUACUCGCUCGGAGGUCCAGAAGCAUGCUUAGUAUACCAAUUAAUGGCUGGCGGUUCGUUAGAACAAAGACUAAGGGGCAAAACUCAUCACCCGCCGUUAUCGUGGUCUCAAAGAUAUAACAUAGUUCAUGGUGUUGCUAGAGGACUAACAUUCCUACACACGAUGGCCGGAACUCCACUAAUACAUGGGGAUAUAAAACCAGCGAACAUACUCCUGGAUACAUGCCUCAUGCCCAGGAUUGGAGACUUUGGGCUGGCCAGGAAGGGACCUUAUGGGGAUGAGCGGUCUGAUGUUAAGGUUUCCAAAGUAUACGGCACUAAGCCCUACCUCCCCGACGAGUACCUCCGCGCCCGCUCGCUCUCCCCCGCCGUCGACGUGUUCAGCUACGGCGUCGUCAUGCUGGAGGUGGCCACUGCCCUGCCCGCCAUCGACAAGGCAAGACCCGAGCAUCUGCUCAGCAUGUACAUGCAUCAGCUGUACAACCAGGGCUUGGAUAUGGCGACCCUAGAAGACCCAGUACUCCGCGGUUCCGUCCACGCGAGCCCCGCAAUGUGCCGCGCCUUCGUCGCCAUCGGCUUACACUGCACCAAGUUCCUGCGACAACAGAGACCUACCAUGUUGGAUGUGUACAAGAAACUUAAAGAAAUGGAAGUGCCUAAUAAUAAUAAUUUUACCUGAGGUUUGAUUGUUGGGGUGGAGUGUUAACAUUAUUUAAAAAAAUAUGCUGAACAAUAUGAAAUAAUCAAUAAUGUACCAAAACUGUAAGGUGAUCGCGAUACAUCAUUUUUAUUGGGUUAACAUUACAGAUCAUUGUUAUGAAGAUUUAACUGUCAAAUCGUCUAAAAAAUAGGUCCAUUCUUAAAUGGGAACUAAAAUGUCGGAAAGUGUUUUGUAAAAAAAUCUUGUUUGUCCUCCAUUCGUCAUUUACUCUGUGGCAUUUUCCAUGUAGAUUAUAUAUUUCUGUCAUAUGUACAGAGGCCAGCACAUCAAUCAAGCUACUGCAAUUUGAAAGAUAUUUUUAAUAGAAUUUCAACUUAAGCUCUGUAGUACCUAUAAGGUUCAAUAUUAAUUGGGAUUUCACAGAUUUGUAGCUUGAUGUUCUAGCGUCUGUACUUUAAAUUAUGUCUUCCAGUCAAAUCCAUGUAGGUGUAAAUGGAAAUGUAAGUAUUGUCAUUUUAAGUGCCUGGUUUGUAGUGUACAGUAUUAUGGUAAAUGAGAAUUUUUAAAGGGAUGCGCCAAAUAACUUUGCAUUUCUGAAACUAGCCGUAUAAUCAAUCUUGGCUUGUCCGAAGUUGGCAACUAUUGACCUCACGAUACUCAAAUAAAUAUGAACAAAACUUUAAUCUGUGAGUGUAAUUCAGAUAUCCAAAGUUAUUUGCCGCUGACUGUACUUAUGUUAAAAUUCGUGCCAAUAUAGCUAUAUUUAAAUUAAUUAUAGUAUGUCUUUAAUUUUGUUAAUUUAAUUUGAACUUGACGAACUUCCAUGCAUAAAAAAAAAUUUCUAUGUGAAUAGAGCUUGUCUUCUUUGCUCAACUUUUUUCUAUUUAUUGUAAACUUAAAUUUCGUUUUGACCGUCCUUUCUGCUUGAUUUUUGAUUCGAUAAAAUCAUGUUCUUAGCAAUAUGGAAUUUUAAAAUUACUUACUUACAUUUAUCUUCUCUCCCUUUCUUACGUUAUAUUUUAUAUCAAGCAAGUAAGCAUUCAAGUUUAUAGUGAAGUUUGUAAAAUAAUAAUAGUUAUGUAGGAUUUUAGGAUUUUUUAUGAUGUUAUGGGAAAUACCAAUUGAUGGUAUUACGCUAUGAUUUGUAAAGGUUCUGUUAUGGUGUCAAAUACUCCAUUAAGUUAGAUUUUGUACGGUAUGAAGAAAAAUAUUAAGAAAGUUAUGUAGGUACAGCACAAAUAAAUGCAUAAAUAUAUUUUUAUACGUUUUUGUAUAACUUAAACAUUAAGAAUUACCUAUGUAUUGAAUGUGUAUUUUUUCAUUUUUAAGUUAAUUAUUUUUUGUUUAAUUGAUGUUGUUUUUGCGAAUUCAUGAAUUGUUAAUAAUUCAAAUGACAUGACUGAAACAUUAAUGUAAAAAAAAAAAAUAUUAAUAAUAUUUUUUUUUAAGAUUUUUGUGUUUUUUUUUUGUAGUUAAUAGGUCAUUCUCUCGUUGUCAACGUUACAUAUCUACUUGUACAUUUUAUUUAUUAACGAUAAUAAUGCCUUAAUUAAGUGUAAGAUCUCAUAAUAUUUAUGAAAUUAAUCUGCAUUUUAAUUAUUGGUUGAAUGUGUUAAUCAAUAAACGAGUGUUAUUUUCUAA